AUGGAAUUGGAGGAAGACAAGUAUUUCAAGUACGCAUUCAUGACCCUGUGUUGUUGUAUUAGGGGGUUCUCUAGUUGCAUCCGCCUAGUACUUGUGAUAGAUGGUGCACAUUUGAAGGGGAAAUACAAAGGGAUUAUCUUUACUGCUUUUUCUGUUGAUGGUAAUAAUCAGAUCUAUCCAAUAGCUUUUGGAAUUGUCGAUAAAGAAAGCGAUGCAUCAUGGUCCUGGUUUUUGGAGGGGUUGAAACAUUUUAUAGGAGAGGUGGAUGGAUUACUGUUCGUAUCAGACCGACACGUUUCCAUUACGAAAUCGAUCCGAGAGGUGUUUCUAGAGGCUGUACACGGGAUUUGCAUGCAUCACUUGUCCAUGAACAUGAAGGACAAGUUCAAGAACGAUGACAUGCAAGGAAUGUUCAUUUUGGCAGCAAAGCCGAAAUUGAGGUAUGACCAAAUGACAUCCAAUAACGCAGAGUCAAUGAAUGCAGUCCUCUCCCAUGCACGUGCUUUGCCAGUUACCGCGCUUCUUGAACAGGCGCGCGAUCUUGUUCAACGAUGGUUUUACGAGAGGCGAACUUACACAUCUAGCAGAGAGACAAUUCUAACUGACUACGGAGAGACAAAUAUGCGGGCCGUAGAGAACCUCUCUCGAACGUACUCCAUAACACCCAUUGAUCUGCACGAGCUGGAAAAUGUCAACAGGUAUUCUCUAUGCUCGUCUGCAUACAACCUCCAAACACUAAUUAACGUGUAUGCCGAACAUGUGUAUCCUCUCGGGGAUGAGGAAGAUUGGGUUUUACCUGAUAAUUUCGUCCACCGAAACAUUGAGCUGCCGAAGAUAGUACAGAGAGUAGGGAGAAGACAGACCGUACGUAUACCGUCGGCUGGAGAGACUCGCCAAGUCCACAAAUGCAGUCGUUGUGGAAACACCGGAGAUAACAGAAAAACAUGUUGA